UGCCCAUUUUCAUUUAGAGCUCAUUAUCUCGUGGUUGCUUUACCUUGUUUCCCAGCCCUGCGUCUCCCAUAAGGAAUUAUGAACGUGUUUAGACAACAGCACACCAACCUACAGCCAGGGUUACCGAAUGCCCAGGAGAUCAUGGAAAUGGCAACUUACUGUGAUAACUACAACAUAUACCAGCAAUCCGUGCACCAGCAUCCUUCCCCAAGGCCGUCUAAUCACCCAGCAGGAUAUGGAUUUGGAGAGUACGCGGCUCCACCAAGCAACCCUUACCUGUGGCACAAUGGAGGUGCCAUCACCACCUCCCCAUACCUCAAUGGGAAUGGGGGUUCUCCUUACCUCCCUCAUGGAUAUGGUGGCAACCAGAGACCGUUCCUCGCUCCUUCACCUGGAAUGGGAAGAGCAGAUUUCCCUUGGCUAUCUCUGACAAAUCAAGAGGACUUUCUGAAGCUCCUAAGACCCCCCUAUUCUUACUCUGCUUUAAUAGCAAUGGCCAUCCAAAACACUGCCGAGAAGAAACUCACCUUGAGUCAGAUUUACCAGUAUGUGGCUGAUAAAUUUCCAUUCUACAAAAAGAGCAAGGCUGGCUGGCAAAACUCCAUCAGGCAUAACCUGUCCUUGAACGAUUGCUUUAAGAAGGUGGCUAGGGAUGAAAAUGAUCCAGGAAAAGGCAAUUAUUGGACACUGGACCCAAACUGUGAAAGAAUGUUUGAUAAUGGAAACUUCAGGAGGAAACGUAAAAAUAAAGCUGAAAGCAAUGGACAGUCUGAGAAAAGUGAGGAGAAGAUGAUUAAAUCUAGUAAAGUUGAGGCACUUGAACAAAGUAUUUGCAAAAACUCUGAAAGGGAGAGCAAACCUUCCCCAGUAGCACCGCCUAAUUCUGACAAUGCUCCAUGUUUUGCCAACUUUAAUUCCAGUAUGAAUGCAGUGAUCCAUAGCAGUAAUGGCUUUUCCAGGUCAUUUUCUGCAGGAUUUGGGGACUUUUCACAUUCAGGGCAACAUUUGCCAGUUUUAGCAUCGUAUUCUGUGCCUAACUCCUCAUCCCAAGCGACUGACUCUCAAACCAAAAAGAGUUAUCUGACAUCCAACCUUCAGAAUUCCGUCUGCACUUCAAUAAUGAACACAAUCAAUUUUAACCAUUUAAUGUACAACAGAGAACAAGGGGAGGUGUAAGUGGAACAAAUAAAACUCAGCAUGUUUAUAGACACCCCCUGAUAUGAAAUGGGAUGUAGCAUUAUUGUGCCUUUAUUAGAGCUUUUAAAAAACUGUAUUUUAUAUUUUUUGACUUCUAGACCCUUCUCUAGAUGUUUUAUGUCUGGAAUUUGCCCAGUAAGGUGAAUAAAUAACGUGUAGUGUUGCAUUGUGGACAAGGACUACUUAAUCCUUAGAUUUGUUAUAUUGUGAACAGAAUAUGCAAAACAUUUGUCUAACUGAUUUUAUUUUUUUAGCUUUGCCCUUUUUGGGCCUUAAACAAUAAAUUCUUUGAUUUUUGUUA